CGUUAUUCAGUUAUAAUGAGGAUAUUCGGUAAAAUGUCCCAUUUUCUUCAGAUCUCCCGAUGUCUAAGCUAUCAUGCACCAAUCUGCCGACCACAUCGCUUGCUCCAUGGCAGCUGUAAGCAAUGGAAGAAAAUCUGCUCGAACUGUGUCUGCUGGCAGCCUUCUUUGCUGAUGGAGAUCCGGCCUCAUUUGUCAAUGAGAGUCCAUGUCCAAGUCUUCUCCACAAGGACCACAAACGUGUUCACCUUUAAUAGCACCUCGGAUAUGCUACGCAAGCGGAUCAGCUUCUCUGGAACACAGAACCAGAACUCAGAGUCUGAAACGAGCAUAGUGCCGGUUGGGAUUAUAGUACCAGAUAAGAGUAAUGGAACCAACAUGAAGAUUGUAAUAGUGCCGCUAGAUCUGGUUAACCAGGAUAGUGAGAGCUUAAAAAAUACACUGAAUGUCAUCAAUGAGCUGCGCAACCACGCCAAAGAGAUCGACAUCUUCACAGACAGUAUUAUUGAAGACUUCCAAAGGCAAAAAACAAAUAAAAAAGAAGAAACUGCUACCAUCGAGGAACCGGAGCAAUUAACAAAAAUAGAUGAUAUUCAUAUGUGGGAUACAUAUACUACAAAGGAGGUCGAUGCUGUUGCCCAGCCGGCAAGAAAUGAAUCGAAUGCAACUGAGCUGGAACUUCAGGCUGCGGUGGCAUCCCUGGCCACAGACUUGGCUGUUUCCACCCAAGCGGAUGUUGCACCAAUGAUUCCAGCGCCAUGCACUCCGAAUUUGCCAAAUGCACCACCCGUCAUACCAGUUAACCCAAACACACAGCCCAACACAACGCCUCAGACCCAGCCCGGCGUCAUGCCCUUGGCUGAUCCCAUGGAGCCACAAAUAUCAGCCACUCCCCAAAACGAAGCUAAUCCUCCCGAGGCUGUGGCUGAAGUUGAGAUUGAGAUGGAGCCUGAGGCUCUGGAGCCGGUUGCGGCUCACGCAGAGGUUCACCAGAUUACCAUUGAUGUGCCAGAAUCACUUGGACAGCAUUUGGCUGAAAUGGCCAUCUCGUCAAUGCAGUUGUCAUUUGAGAUGAAUAUGACGAAUGUACGCGAUGCAAUCCUUUAUGGAGAGAACGAAGCUAUGAAUGAACCUCAAUGCUUGAGCAACGAUUCCAUGGUUUUCUUGGAAACCCAGGUCAAAGUGGAUCCAGCCCAUGAGCCAGAGAUUACCGUUCCCCUGCAAUUCAAUGCCCUUAUCAAGGGAACCGUUGAAAUAGAUGCGGAAAAACUCAAUCCCGAGCAGCUGACGGAAGAGAAUCUUCCAGAUUAUAAUGACGCAGUCACCUCAAUUGCUGCCAGCAUUUGCAGCACUGCACUGCACAAGGGCUUUGCUCCUGACCUAUUUGCCAACUCAUCCUCCUCCUCCGCUCCCUCCGAAGGUCAUCGUUCCCCUCUUAAGUCUUCGGCACAGGCGCGCAUGGCAUUGAAGCGUCAUCAAGCCCAGAAGCGCAUGAAAGUCGAGCACACACGUCCCACAGCUAUGGUUGCGAGUCCAUCUCUAAAGGAUGGAUGCAAGAAUCCCAUUAUCAAAAAGAAGAAGAAAUGCCCUAAGCCCUGUAAACUAGACGAUCCGUGUAAGGAAGACAAGUGUAAUCGUCCCAAAAAACCAUCCCAAAAGCCGCAAAAGCCAAAGAACCAAAAUAAACAAGUUGAGUUAACUGCUAGUGCCGCCAAAAAGGGCGGUAACGAUCCUUGUGCUAAGGGUAAGGGUGAUAAAGCUAAGAAGGAUGGCAAAGGAGCCACGGGAGGUAAAGGCGGAAAAGACGGCAAGGACGGCGGUAAAGACGGUAAGGAUCCUUGCGCCAAGUUCAAGAAGGGUAAGGACGGAAAAGAUGGUAAAGACGGGAAGGAUAAGAAGGAUCCUUGCGCCAAGUUCAAGAAGGGAAAGGACGGCAAAGAUGGCAAAGGCGGGAAAGGUGGCAAGGACGGUAAGGAUAAAAAAGAUCCUUGUGCCAAGUUUAAGAAGGGGAAAGACGGCAAGGAUGGCAAAGACGGCAAGGGUGGAAAAGGUGGCAAGGACGGUAAGGAUAAGAAAGAUCCUAGUGCCAAGUUAAAGGGAAAAGACGGCAAGGAUGGUAAGGGCGGAAAAGGUGGCAAGGACGGUAAGGAUAAGAAAGAUCCUUGUGCCAAGUUUAAGAAAGGAAAGGAUGGUAAGGGCGGAAAAGGUGGUAAGGAUGGUAAGGAUAAGAAAGAUCCUUGUGCCAAGUUCAAAAAGGGAAAGGACGGAAAAGGUGGCAAGGAUGGUAAGGAUAAGAAGGAUCCUUGCGCCAAGUUCAAGAAGGGAAAGGAUGGCAAAGACGGCAAAGGCGGAAAAGGUGGCAAGGACGGUAAGGAUAAGAAAGAUCCUUGUGCCAAGUUCAAGAAAGGAAAAGACGGCAAAGGUGGAAAGGGUGGAAAAGGUGGCAAGGACGGUAAAGAUAAGAAAGAUCCUUGUGCCAAGUUUAAGAAGGGAAAGGAUGGCAAAGGCGGAAAGGGAGCUAAAGGAGGCAAAGGCGGUAAAGGCGGUAAAGGCGAUAAGAAGGACCCUUGUGCCAAGUUCAACAAAGGAAAGAACGGCAAGGGCGGCAAGGGCGGCGCCAACAAAAAGAACGAUCCUUGCAAGAAGAAGUACUCGACAUUUGCAAGCCCUGUUUCGAAAUUCUAUCAUGCUAAUCGUUCCCUUUGGAACCCCAAGCGUCAACUUUCCACAUCGUUCCCUAAAGUAGAAACAUCGACUACCCUUCCACGUUUUACAGUGUACUCAACCCUUGUGCGUCGUCAUUAUGGUGGCAAGCCAUCGAAGAUGCAGAUGAAUGCGUGGGGAUUAAAAGCAUGGAUGCCACAAAUGCUUAGCCAACGUACUUUUGCAAAAAAGGAUGAAGCUAAAACAUCGAAAUGCAAUGCGCUUCAAUCCAAGCAACCUAAACGUAAGCAUCAGAAACCACGUAAAGGUCUUCGAACAGAUUGCUAUGGUUCCUUUGCGGAAGAAUGCCCAAAGGCAUCCUGUAAGGGAAAGUGUGAUCAAGUUAAAUUUCCAAGAAAAAAAUGCGAAACUAAAAAGAAUAUGCCUACGAUGGCCAAGAAAGCGUCUAAGCCCAAAAAGAAGAUGCCUGCCAUCUGUAAGCAGAUGACUAAGCAGGGAAAAGAUGUAAAAGAAAGAAAUAAGCUCUUAAGAACGGGCUCUUUAAUUUUAAAUCAGAUGCGUAUGCAUAGCGAUUCAUCGCAUAACAGAAAACGGUACGUUUCUCAGGCAGUAAUGGAAGAAUGCUUACCCAAAGAAGAUGAUAUACCCUCCGGAUCUGUUGAGGUUGUAAAAAUACCAGCAUCCUAUCAUAUAUGUAAAGAACAUCGAAUGCGACCCAAUCUCAAGAAAUAUGACGUACUCAUACGCACUGGUUCCAUAGCUUUAACUGGAUCCGAUAUUCAUGUCUACGAGAAUGCAAACCGUGAUAUCGAAGGCAUUACCUUGGGCCACGAUGCCACAGGUUUUGUAGAAGAGAUUGGAUCUUGUGUUCAAAAUUUACAUGUGGGUGAUCGUGUUGUCAUGGAAUCGGCCUUAUCCUGCGGUAUUUGUGACUUUUGCAAACAGGGACUAUACAAUAUUUGCACCGAUUUGGUCUACAAUGGCUUUCUGGCUACCCAUCAAUCGCAUCCAGCAGAUCUGUGUCAUCGUCUACCCGACACAAUUGGCAUGGAAGAGGGCACUCUCACCCAAACGCUUGCCAUGGGCUGUCAGGCAUGCUUCAAAGCAAAUAUAACGCCCACCAGCAAUGUGCUAAUUAUUGGCUCAACCCCUACUGCAGUGUCAGCAGCAAUGUGCGCUGCUGCAAUUGGGGCUAAAAAGGUGAUCAUUGCUGGUACAAUGGUCUCCUCGCUGGAAACUAUCAACCGGGACUUUGGCUUCAAUACAAUACAUUUCGAUCCAAACGCAUUGUUCGGUGAGGUACUCGAAGCAGUCUAUAAAAAUUUCGACGAAUGGCCAAACUGUGCCAUUAACUGUGCCAUUGCGCCGAUGACCAUGAAUCUCGCUGUGAUGGCAUUACAGCCAUGUAGUGUUUGUGUGCUGUCCGAGUGCGAGUCCGAAUGUGCAAGUUUUAAUGCCCUUGAUGUGCUAAUGAAAAACAUACGAAUAAUACCUAGUUUUCGUUCCGCCAAUAUGUUUCCAACGGCAUUAACACUCAUGAAAUCUGGACGUGCACCAAUGCACAAGUUCAUUGCAAAAACGUUUCCAUGGAGCAUGCUUGAGCAGGCAUUCAAAUGUGCCCAACACGAAUCAAACACUGGCCUUCGCAAGAUUAUUGUCAACAGCACGGAGGGCAUCAACAUUGGGAGAUUGUUAAAAAAAAAAGUAGCCGAUUAUGCUGUGUAAAAGACGAAAAAGCCUGUAAUAAAUAAAAAAAA